UGGGCCGUGUGCGUAGCCUUGGUAUGUAGCGCGGGCACAUGCUGGCGAGCCAAGCCGCGGAUUCAGUCUCACAGCUGAAUCCUCAGCUUAUACAUCGUUAUACAAAAAGCCAUUGUGCCCUUGUUUGUCAGAGUUUGUUUAACAGAGCUCAGAGCUCUGGCUCACCCCAACGCAAGCUUCAUUUGCCCGCGCACCGGACUGGCCCGUUGUUCCUUUAGUGAGAUCAUUGUGUCUGUAAUCCCAUGUGUAUUAUUAGAUAGCAUUAAAGUAACGCGAGGCACUGUGGGCCUCUGCCAGAGACUAAAAUGUUACAGUUCACGCGCGCCAGCGCCGCCGCACCUCGCGCCGCUCGGACCGCUGGGCGCCUCGGCCCCUCGGCGACCGCCGGCGGUGUGGCCCGCGGCCUGGCGUGCAGCUCCGCAACCAGCGGCCCGGCGGCGGCAGUACUCAGCAGCAGCAGCCCCCACCUUGCCGCCGCCACACCUGCUGCCACAUGGGCUGGCGGCGGUCUGCGGCAGCUACUGCCGCUAGCCGCGUGGGCCCGUCAAGCCGCACCGGCGCCCGCCACUGCCGCAGCUGCAGCAGCCGGGGCGCGCAGCUGUCUCCUGCAGCCGGGGCGGCGCGCGCAGCAGCAGGUGCUGGCGGCUGCGGGGAGGUACGGCAGUGGCGGCACCAGUGACAAGAGCAGUGGCAGGAGCAGUGACAACAGCAGCAGCGGACAUGGCGGCAUCAGUGGCAGCCGCAGUAGCAGAGACGGUGGCGGAAGGGCGGGCAGGGGCAGGGCAGACGGAGGCCGUUGGGCCGGCGGCGGCGGGCGUGGCAGUGGAAGGACGGGCGGUGGUGGUGGCAGGAGUGGUGGUGGCGGUAGGCCGCGUGACCCCGAAGACGUGAUGAUCGGGUAUGCGACUCUGGAGGAGUUGCAAGGAGUCAUUGAUCAGCGGCUGGCGGUGUGGUGCGAGCGGCAAGACGUGAGCACCAUGUCAGCUGCCUUCGGCCGUUGUGGCAAGCUGGAGUCAGCACGCGCCGGCGGGCCGGCCGCCACAGCCGCGGCCCGCGCCGGCAUCAUUGCGGCCCUUGCGCCUGCUCUCCUUCCGCUCGUGCCGCGCAUCCGCCAGCCGGCCGGCUGCAGCAUUCCACUGUUGGCGCUGUCGAAGGCUGGGGCUGCCAGCGACGGGCGUGUGGAGUCACAGCUGGCGCCGGCGCUGCUGCAGCGGCUGGUGGAUCCAGUGUUGCUGGAUAGUGCCACUCCCCAGGCCCUGGCGAAUGCACUGUAUGCCCUGGGCAAGCUGCGGGAGGACCAGCAGCAGCGGGGCUCGGGCUGGGAUCCCACCUCAUCGCCGCAUCUGAAAGCGCUGGCGAGCGCUGUGGCCUCGCGGCUGCGUGCGGCGAGGGGGCAUGGCUUCAAUGCCCAGGACGUUUCUAACAGCCUGUGGGCGUGUGCCAAGCUGGGGUACCGAGACUCAGACCUCCUGCUGCCGCUGGCGGAGGCGGCCGCAGCCCUUGCCCGGGAGAUGAAUGCGCAAGAUGUGGCCAACAGCCUGUGGGCUCUAGAGGUCCUUGGCUGCAGCGGACCGGCGUUUCGGGCAGUGCUAGAGGCGCUGUGUGGUGCGGCGCUGCGGCAGCUGCGAACACCGAAGGAAGCUGAAGCAUUCAAGCUGCAGGGCCUGUCCAACAUCCUGCUGGCGCUUGAGGGGCUGCAGCUGCGAGGCAUGCAGGCAGAGCUGCUGGCGGCAGCUGUAGCAGCAGAGGGUGUGCGGCGGGGCUUUGCCGGCUUUGAACCGCAGCACCUCAGCAACUCGGCGUGGGCCCUGGCCAAGAUGGGUUAUGGGGCUGGCGCAACGCCGCAAGCCACGGAGCACAGCCAUUGGUAUGCGGCCGCAGUGGCAGCAGCUCAGCGGCCCGGGGUCAUGGCCGGCGCCACGCCGCAGAAUUGGGCCAACCUGCUGUACGCGCUUGCGUUGGUGCGCCACCAGCCGCCGCCCGCGCUGCUUGACGCAGGCGCCGCGGCGGCGAUGCAGCGAGGCAAUGCACAACACUGUGCAAACGCGCUUUGGGCACUGGCGGUGCUGCAGCUGCGUCACGCCGGCUUGGAGGCGGCGGUGUGCGGCCGGCUGGGCGAGCUGCUGCGGCAAGGCCCGGAGUCGCUUGCUGAACAGGCCCUUUGCAACAGCCUGUGGGCUCUAGCGGUGCUGUCAGGCGGCGGUGUCCCUGCUAGCCCGGCUGCAGCUGCGCUGGCCCCUGCGCUUACCCGUGAGGCCGCGCGGCGCCGUGAGGGGUUUCCGACCGGGGCGCUAAGUCAACUCUGGCAGGCGCAACAUGAGUUGGGCGGCGAGGUGACGGAGGCUCUUGCCCGCAGCCCCGACCUGCUAGCCGCGAUGGAGGCGGCGGUAUCUGCCAAGCGGGCGACGGGGUCGACCACCAGCAGCCUGCAGGACCAGGUGGCGGAGGCGCUUCAGCGACUGCUGCAGAAGGGUCGCCUGCCCAUCGUUUCGGUGCGGAUGGAGGUGGUAGUGGAGGGCGUGCUGGGGCGUGUGGAUAUUGUGGCGGACUGGAGCGAUGGGCGGAGAGUGGCCAUUGAGGUGGACGGGCCAGACCACUUCCUCACCCACCGGAAGGACGACCCGUCCGCGGUAAUCGGGUCCACGGCCCUGCGCAACCGGCAGCUGCGGCGGGCGUUUGGGGAGGGUGGCCUGCUGUGUGUGCCGUACUGGGAGUGGGACAGGCAGAAGACUUCCUCCACCCAGGAGGCCUACCUGCUGCAGCAGCUGCAGGAUCUGCUAUCGGGCGCCUCGUCAGGAACAGCAGCAGCAGGGGAAGGCAGCGCCGCCGCCCGUCGCCGCCAGCAGCAGCGGACGACUCGGCUGCAGCCGGACACUGCCAAUAGCAGCACCACCACCAGCACCACCACCGCCACCACCACUACCGCUGGCAGCAGCCAGAAGAGGCGCAUCCUCGUUGUCCGCAGGAAGGCGCCGAAGCAGCAGGAGGCGGCCGGCGGCGGUGGGGCGGGAGGGGGCUCGGAUGCAACAGCAGCUGCAGUGGCCGCCGGGGUGGCCGGGGCUGAGUCAGUGGCCCCUGCCUGGCAGCAACCAGUGGAAAAGGCGCAGCGGCUUCCCAGCAGUGGCGCUGGUGGCGGUGCUGGCGAGGGCGGAGAAGACGGAGCUUCUCUGGCGCCGCAGCCUCCAACACCGCAGCAGCAGCGCGUGUCAGCGCCCCGGGCGCGCCGCAGCAGCAGCCAAAGCCAAAGCCGCAGUAGCCAGGCGGGCUUGCCAGCUCCUGCUCCUGCUCCUCCUUCGGUUAAGGCCCCGCCGCUGGAGCAGACGCGGCAGCUCAAUCCAGGCGGGCCGCGGGUGGGAAGCGGACUGAGCGGAAAGCAGCGGCGGCCCCGGCAGCAGGCGGCGGUGGCGGCGGCGGCGGCAGUGACCCCGGGGCGGUGGUGGUUCCGGCCGCGGUCUCUGAGAAGCGAUAGUCGGUGGUGGCCGGGGAGGCGGACUCGUCGGCAGCAGCUGUAGAAUGUGGUGGUGGUGAUGGUAGUGGCAAUGGCGGGGGCCUGCUCGCGGGCAGCAGGCGGAAGCGGGCGGUGGGGACCGGCAGGCGCGCGGCACAGAAGCCUUGCAGCCUCGAGUGAACGAAAGGGGGCGGAGCAGUCAAUGGGGUAAAUGAAUUCGGCACAAACAUGCACACGUCUUGUGAUUUGCGUUCUGUUACUCCUUGUGUACUGGCCAAGCAUAUGCGUGGGUAUAUGGAGCACUGAGUGCAACAUGCUAGGGCGCGACGCAACGGCGGGCUUUGGGCUUUUGUGUGGCGCGUAUUUGGUGCGGUGCUCACUACGGUAGGCAUCUGUGGUGACCGUCUGGCAGGCAAGCGGCCGUGGGGCCCAGGGGUGGCCAUACACGGGGUGCAGCGAGGCGCGUGGCAUGAGUGGAGUUGGGGUACACAUACCAGCUAGGUAUUGACACGUGAACACACGGCGCGUCAAAGGCACCAGGUUUGCGGCAUGCUGUAUGUGUUUGGUGUGUAGGUGCGCAGGGUCACGGGUCUGCGGUGGCAGUGGCUGUGGCCCGGGGUGUGUGUGUCACUGUGUUGGUGGCGGCUGACGUGGCGAGCUGGCUUGACGCUGCGGGACAGGUGGAGGAGGGGGCGGAGGCAGAGGUGGAAGUUGGGGGUUGCAGCGCGUGUAGCAGGCCAUGGCUGGGCCCGGUUGGCCGGCAAUACGAGGCGCAGCAUGUCUGUGGUGGGGUUCACGCCCAUCGGUAUUCUUCCUGAUGUGUGGAGGCAGCACAGCCGGCACUGAGGCUAACAUCAAAUUCAUUAGCAUAAAGCGACGUCGGCCCUGGCCAUCGGUCCGGGCCCCCCUUCCAAUGCAAUCCUAUCUGCUACCUCUAAUGGAGUGACUCUGUAAUGGGAAUCGGGUGCAGGCCGGGGGCGGAAGGGGCGGCGCUGACAGCCUGGGGCAUCAGCGGGGCCGUGUGGCCUUAGCGCUGUCCCAUCACACACCUUGCUGCUGUCGGCCGGGAGCGAGGGCACAUGCUGGCGAGCCAAGCCGCGGAUUCAGUCUCACAGCUUUUUCCUCAGCUUAUAUAUCGUUAUACAAAAUGCCCUUGUGCCCUUCUUUGUCAGAGUUUGUUUAACAGAGCUCAGAGCUCUGGCUCGCCCCAACGCAAGCUUCAUUUGCCCGCGCACCGGACUGGCCCGUUGUUCCUUAAGUGCGAUCAUUGUGUCUGUAAUCCCAUGUGUAU